CUUAGGGAACAAAUGAGAAGUGCCGUGGCUGACAAAUUGGAGCUGUUUUCCCCCUGUUUGAAAAUGCCACAUUAAUGCAUAUGGUAUUGGAAUGUUCAGUUUUAACCACAUAUUGGAAUAAGGUCCUAAAUAAAUAGAGGUAGAACUCCCGAGAACCCCUUGUAUUGCUCAGCAACAUCAAAGCUCAUUUGUCAGUGAAGGUUUAUUUUUAACCAAACAAUUGAUAACACUUCAGUUGAUAACACUUCAAUAUGCACAGUGGUUUUCAGACGUUAAUCAUUUAUGUACAUUAGAAAGCUUAUAUAUAAAGCUAGAGGAUCUAAAACGAAACAUGACAAAAUAUGGGGCAAGUGGCUAGAGCUAUAUAUACUAUACUAGUCAUGUAUUUAUCGUUGUAAUAUAAUCUAGACUACUGCUUUUGUGUGAUGUGCUUCCUGCAAUAGCUCUAUCAAUAUACUGAAUUUUGUACAAACCCAAACACCUUCUCCCUAUGCCCUUGGCUUGCCACCAUUGGGGCUCUAGUGGAUUCUGAGUGCAGUGUUGCAGACGUCCCAAUGGACCCCACCAUGGGGGGAGGCCCUGGCGCAGCUCUAACGACUUACCAGCCUAUCCAUUGGGCUGCAUCCCAACAAUACAUGUUAGACACUUCAUGGGUUAAGGAUGUAGCAAUACCUUACCCUAAACAGUGUGCCACCCUAUCCUGGCAGUACCCCUACUUGUAGCUCUCUCCUCAACAGAGCAGGCUAUUCACCAUAGUAGGCUGUCAAAUAGAGCCCGUGAUUUAAUACAUCUACCUUGCAUAUUGUUCAAGCCUUCAGCAGUAUUUUUGGACUUUCCACUAAAUAAUGAAAUAUAAGUAUCUGGGGCUGCCGUAUCUGCAGUGAUCUGUGUUACACGGCACAACCCCUCCUUCACCUUCACGUCUCAGCUGACUUGUCUCUUCUUUAAUCCACAGCUCACUGCACCAGGCUGCCUGUCCUAUCCAGCCCCUACUCCCCUAUAUGUAACAUAAUACAGCCUCUCACUAUAACCAUGUCGUACAAAUAAUAAGGGAUGUAUUCUGGGAAUGAUCUCAAGCUUCUUGCUGUCAGGAUUAAUCUAUUUUGAAGUAAUUGGAGUAAAAGGGAAAUGCUAAAUUGCCCACCAGUCAUGAAUUAGUAGCUACUGUUCAUAUUGCACUGGUUAAAGCAAUAAAGCUUUCUCCAUCAAUUUCAGUGGUGUAUCUUUAAGCUGCAGAGCCCCCCCACACACCAGUAAGCCCCCCCACCCCUCCACUGCUGAUACUGUGUACACACACACAUAUAUAUCUAUAUAUAUAGGGAGAGAGAGAAAGACAGGGCUCUAUUUAUAUACAGGCACUCGAGGGCCCAUGCCUUGGGUGCCUAUAUAUAUGUAUUGAAGAAUUGAUUAAAAAAUCGCCCUCUCCCCAAAACACAGCCCUGGAGAGAGAAAGAAAGAGAGGGAGAGACUUUCAUUUUUUGGGUGACUAGAUGGAGAAAUCAUUUAGAUUUUCUGUAGGGGGAGUGCACGUUAAAGAGGGGUUCAUUCUUGACCCCUCCAGACCAUGUUGAAAGCUUAAUGUCCUAUGUAUAAGGUCAAACCAAUUCCUUGUAUGACCAAUACCUGGCCUGGUAUCAGCCAAGCAUGUUUGUAAAUUCCUUUAUUGCCAUAUUGAUGAGAUCCUUUCCUGAUGGGUCUGCAUUAUUAUUAAAUAACUGAUCCCUAAAAGUGAAUUGGGUGAAAAAGGCAAACCAUGGUCAAUAUGGUAUCUGGGGACAAUAUGGUAUCUGGGGACAAUAUGGUAUCUGGGGACAAUAUGGUAUCUGGGGACAAUAUGGUAUCUGGGAACAAUAUGGUAUCUGGGGACAAUAUGGUAUCUGGGGACAAUAUGGUAUCUGGGAACAAUAUGGUAUCUGGGGACAAUAUGGUAUCUGGGAACAAUAUGGUAUCUGGGGACAAUAUGGUAUCUGGGAACAAUAUGGUAUCUGGGAACAAUAUGGUAUCUGGGAACAAUAUGGUAUCUGGGGACAAUAUGGUAUCUGGGAACAAUAUGGUGUCUGGGAACAAUAUGGUGUCUGGGGACAAUAUGGUGUCUGGGGACAAUAUGGUAUCUGGGGACAAUAUGGUAUCUGGGAACAAUAUGGUAUCUGGGGACAAUAUGGUAUCUGGGAACAAUAUGGUAUCUGGGAACAAUAUGGUGUCUGGGAACAAUAUGGUGUCUGGGAACAAUAUGGUAUCUGGGAACAAUAUGGUGUCUGGGGACAAUAUGGUAUCUGGGAACAAUAUGGUGUCUGGGGACAAUAUGGUAUCUGGGAACAAUAUGGUGUCUGGGGACAAUAUGGUGUCUGGGAACAAUAUGGUGUCUGGGAACAAUAUGGUAUCUGGGGACAAUAUGGUAUCUGGGGACAAUAUGGUAUCUGGGAACAAUAUGGUGUCUGGGGACAAUAUGGUGUCUGGGGACAAUAUGGUGUCUGGGGACAAUAUGGUAUCUGGGGACAAUAUGGUAUCUGGGAACAAUAUGGUGUCUGGGGACAAUAUGGUGUCUGGGGACAAUAUGGUGUCUGGGGACAACAAUAUGGUGUCUGGGGACAAUAUGGUGUCUGGGGACAAUAUGGUGUGGAUAUACACAGUGGAAAGGAAUGUUCUGUGGACAUUUUCCACUCAGUAAAUGAAAGGAAACAAUACAAGUAAACAAGGACUAGUUUCCCAUUAAGGAGAGGUAAACUAGUUAAAAAGAAUGUGUUCAUUUAUGACAUCAGCUGUUUGCUUAAUGCCUGCUUUGUUAUGGGCCUGGAGACCUUGAGUCUUUAACUUAUAAAAGGAAACAGGAGCGGGUAACUAAUUAACACUGCUUGGCACUACUGAACCGCUCAGCGACUGUAACACAGAAAAGGAGAAAAUAGAAAUGUGCUAAAUGCUUACACCUCGUUAUGUAAAGCAACUGUCCCACUAGGUGCAGCCACUAAGACUAUUUGCAGUUGGUCUUCACCUGGGAUGGGAACCCCGGUGGUCCCUGCACCCCCCAGUUAAUAAGGAAAGGAACAUCACAGUGCAAUGCAUUGUGGGUUAUGUACUACCUGCAUGCUUUCUGUAAGCUGAACUAAACAUAAAUGUUUAGUCCCUCCUCCCCUGCCAGGAUUUCAAAUGAUGCAGAAAGAGAAGAACUGUUUUGCAGCUG